UUGAGUAUCAGCCUCUCCCACAAUCUCUAAUCAUGGGUAUUCGAUCUCUUUUCUCUCGUAAGAAGAACAGCAAGUCAGUGCCGAACUCCCCUCCAGAAAACUCGGUUUGUUCGACGUCGCCGCCCGUGGGCUCGUUUAUGAACUUCAGAACCCGAAUCCAGGAGCUGGAGCAUGUGUUCAGGAAAUUCGAUGUGAAUGGGGACGGGAAGAUUUCUUGGUCAGAACUAGGUUCCAUCAUGGGGAGCUUGGGACACCUUGCAACGGAAGAGGAGUUGCAGAAGAUGAUAAAUGAGGUUGAUUUGGACGAUGAUGGGUUUAUUGAUUUUAACGAGUUUAUUGAGUUGAACACGAAGGGGGUUGAUUCAGUGAAGGUUAUGGAGGAUUUGAGGAACGCGUUCCUGGUCUUUGACAAGGAUCGAAAUGGGUCCAUAUCACCGGAGGAAUUGCAGACAGUGUUGAAGAGUUUAGGGGAUGAUAAGUUAUCGAUUGUAGAGUGUAAGGAGAUGAUUCGUGGGGUGGAUUGCGAUGAUGAUGGGUUGAUUAAUUUCGAAGAGUUCAAGAUUAUGAUGAUGGGUUCUGAUAGAGGACUGCGUGAGACACAAGGUGCGAUGGAAUUGGAGCCCAUUGACAACUUGGAAACGUCUGAUACGUCCAAGUGAAAGACAGGGCAACUUGUCUGAUCUGAGUGAGUCUUUUCGUUCUUGUUUUUGUUGAUGAAAGAUAAAUCUGCAAGAUAUCUUCUGAGAUUUAGUUAGAAUCGUAAUUGUAAUUGUUCUCUUACAAGCUUUGUACGUUUACACUACAUAUAUAAUAAAACUGAACCACGCAGCUGUGUGUGCGUGACCA